AUGGUCCUGGCAGCCCCACAGCCCAGCUGGCUGGAUCUGCACCUGGCACACUUGGCAAAGAACGGGGCCAGUUCCCAAGCGCCUUUGGUCACUGGCCUGGCUUUCCGAUUGGGACCCUUCCAUCCCUGCACAGCCCGGAGCUGUGCCUGCGUGUCCACCCCGGGAAAGGAGCCUGUGGACAGCCACUCCCUGGUCACCACCAAGCUCGGCUUUACCGCUAUUUACACGGAGGGCCAGGCCACGCGCUUGGAGACCCCUUGGCAACUGGGCGCCCACGUGGAGGGCAGAGUCCAGGUGUGCUCUCUGCGCUGGUCCCGCCCCUGCAAAUCCAGGGGGCAGGGCCUAAGCCCCCAAGGCCAGCUCAGCGCUCAGAGGCUCUUCCGAGACACUGCCAUUCCUUUCCUGUUGAGCCUGGAGGUCGCGCUCCUGUCUGUCCCAGGACCCACAUUCCUCCGGACUUUCGCUCUGGAGCUGGUGACGGUGAUGGUGGGCAGCCCCCGGGCAGACGGCCUCGUCUCCCUCCUCACCACCUCUGAGGGCGCUGACGAGCCCAGGCGGCUGCAGUUUCCCUUGCCCACAGCCCAGCGGUCCCUGGAGCCUGGGACCCCCCGAUGGGCCAACUAUGUCAAGGGAGUGAUUCAGCACUACCCAGCCGCCCCCCUCCCUGGCUUCAGUGCGGUGGUGGUCAGCUCAGUGCCUCUGGGGGGUGGGCUGUCCAGCUCGGCCGCCCUGGAAGUGGCCACGUACACCUUCCUGCAGCAGCUCUGCCCAGACUCGGGGACAAUAGCUGCCCGGGCCCAGGUGUGCCAGCGGGCCGAACACAGCUUCGCAGGCGUGCCCUGCGGCAUUAUGGACCAACUCAUCGCUCUGCUGGCGCAGAGGGACCACGCGCUGCUCAUCGACUGCAGGUCCCUGGAGACACGCCUGGUGCCACUGUCAGACCCCAGGCUGGCUGUGCUCAUCACCAACUCCAACGUCCGCCACUCACUGGGCUCCAGCGAGUACCCGCUGCGGCGCCGCCAGUGUGAGGAAGUGGCCCGGGCGUUGGGCAAGGAGAGCCUCCGGGAGGUGCAGAUGGAGGAGCUGGAGGCGGGCAGAGAUCUGGUGAGCAAGGAGGGCUUCCGGCGGGCGCGGCAUGUCGUGGGGGAGAUCAGGCGCACGGUCCAGGCAGCGGCUGCCCUCAGCCGGGGCGACUACAGAGCCUUCGGCCUCAUGGUGGAGAGUCACCACUCCCUCAGGGAUGACUACGAGGUGAGCUGCCCGGAGCUGGACCAGCUGGUGCAGCCCGCGCUGUCUGCGCCCGGGGUUUAUGGCAGCCGCAUGAUGGGUGGUGGCUUUGGUGGCUGCACGGUGACUUUGCUCGAGGCUUCCGCUGCUCCCCAAGCCAUGCAGCACAUCCAGGCGCAGUAUAGCGGUACCGCCACCUUCUACCUCUCCCAGGCCGCCGACGGUGCCCAGGUGCUGCCCUUGUGAGCUCCCCUGGGGUGGCCCACGCGGGCAGGGCCUGCCGGGCAGCAAGCAGGAAGCUCCGUGCCGCUGGCGCCUGCCCUCCGCACCUGAGCGCUCAAUAAACUUGUGCCUCAGA